UCGAUCAAAAAGCCUAUGCGUCAAAUUUCAGUAUCGAUAAAUCCAUAUUUUGUGCCCAUCCCUACAAAUUUUGCCCCUUUCCUUUGUCAAUCGAAGCUCUACGUGCACAUGAAUUUUCUAAGCGAAAUUUCAACAAAUUUUGAAUAACCAUGGACCAACCAGUUGUGUGGGCACGUGUCAUAAAGGUCCUUGGCCGCACUGGCUCCCAGGGCCAGUGUACCCAGGUCAAAGUGGAGUUCCUGGGCGAGCAAAAUCGCCAAAUCAUCCGCAACGUGAAGGGGCCUGUGCGCGAGGGCGAUAUUCUCACCCUGCUGGAGUCUGAACGCGAAGCCAGAAGACUCCGCUAAUGGGAAAUAAUGAUCUUUAGCUGCUCUGGACUAACAUGGAAGAUACUUUUUCAUACAAUUAUCUGGCAUCGAACAAUUUGUUACAAACAAAGAAAAUUGAAUUGAAAACUUAUAUUGAUGUGAUUACAAUGCAAGAAUAUCCCUUUAUUUGAAAUACACACAGUUAAAUACA